UGGAGUCAGUCGACUAUUAGUGGUCUGUGACUCUGGAGGUGGGCCGACCACCGCAGAACCGAGCCGGACUGAGCUCGGUCGCGCUCGGCCGGCAGUCGGGGCCAGUCGGCCGCACCGCCGCUCUCUUCGGAUCGUCGCGUCGUGCCGCGCCGCGCCGCGUCGCGUCGCGUCGCGUCGCGCCACUCGCUCGCUCGCUCGCUCUCGCUCUCACAUCGCGUUCCUGCCUCUCAGUACGUUAUACGCCGCGCAACGAGAACGGUCUUGCGUUUCCGCUUGUUUUAUUUUUUUCGUUAAAGGCGUCGCGAGGCUACUCGACGUCGCGCUAUGUGACGGGAUAUCGCGGGGCACCGCAGUGUGUACCCCGUCGCCUCUCUCCUCUGCGUGUAUUGUUUCCUUUCGGGUCGGCUCUCCUGUCCUCGCCUCGCCGGCGCGUACCCCGGAUCCCUCGCCCUUUACCGAGACCUACCCUAUCUCCCCCUCUGCCUCCGCACCACUCUAUCCCCGUGUCUCCCCUACCCAUCUUGUCCUUCCCCUCUAGUCGACCCUCGUUCACCGUUCCGUCGUGGAAAGAGAGAAAGACGGAUUACCUCGUGAACGCGCGUACACGACGACGAGGGGGCCACGAGGGCCCCGUGGAAAAGCGUGCUUGGCGAAAACAUGGAGUGCCCGCACCUUGGUCAAAGUGUGCGACUCGGCGAUGACGACGUAGACGCGAGUUGUGCUCUGAAGGAUCACCCGUUCGUCUGCGCAGUGUGCGGCACCGAGAAGAGUCCCUGGCUCUGUCUGCACUGCGGAGCCGUGCACUGCGGACGGUACGUAGCGGGCCACGCGCUGCAGCACUACGAGACUAAUACUCAGCACUGCGUGUGCAUAGACUGUGAGAACCUGGCAGUAUUCUGUUAUACCUGCGACGAAUACGUGGUGAACGACACUACGAAUGGGCAGAUCGAGAAGAUACGUCGUAUCACCUUCCGCAAAGACGAGCACAAGGAAAAUGAGACGAGCUGGAACACGUCGCCGCCCACAACGCCGUCGUCGAGACGCGACGACGUCGGCCACGACAACGACGACCCGGACGCUCUGUGGAAGGCGGAGGUGGUUGUGAGAAACCUACGGCCGCGGACUGCGCGUAAGAGGUUACACGCUCUUGACGCCAGUAGCGCGGACAAUCGACCGGCGACCAAGCGGCGCAGCUCCAAGAGUACCAAAGAGAAGAAGGUCGUCGGUCUGAGAAACCUCGGUAACACCUGCUUCAUGAACGUGGUGUUGCAGUCCUUCAAUAACAUCAGCCACUUCUGCGAGUACCUCACGCAAAUGCCGUGCUUGGAGGGCAUCGCGUUCGACGAGUCGUCGUUGGAACCGCCCACGCAUCGGGGUCGCAUUGUCACACCGGGUCGCGCCAAGGAGAUGUCCAUGAGCGACGCCUUGUUGGCCGAGGAGUUGAGAAAGGUACUGCUGGGCCUGAGUCUGGGUGGCUCCAACGGCCAGGCCAUAUCGCCCGAGUGCCUGUUCCUCGCUAUCUGGAAAGUCGUGCCGAGAUUUCGGGGCUACCAGCAGCAGGACGCUCACGAGUUUCUCACCUACAUGCUCGACCGACUGCACACCGAGCUGUUACAGUUGCUGCCCAGACUAGGACACGAGCCUCUAGGAUUGCGUGGCAAACAAAGCAUCGUUACUGCCGUUUUCGGCGGCACUCUUCUUAGCGUGGUCCACUGCAUGAACUGCCGUACAGACUCGAAGACGCACGAGCCCUUCCAGGAUCUCUCGCUGGACAUACCGGACAGACUGCAGAGACGGACGAAGGAACAGGAGGAAGUAUGCAGUCUGACUUACAGUCUGACGAGAUUCUUCAAGGUCGAGGAGCUGGCUGACAGCGAGCUCUACUUCUGCGACAAUUGCAUGGGCAAGCAGAGGUCCACCAAGAGGUUCUGGAUACACAGGCUGCCUAACGUGUUGUGCCUUCACAUUAAAAGAUUUAGGUGGUGUAAUUCCUAUCGCUCGAAGGUGGACACGCAGGUGGACUUUCCGAUGGAGUCUCUCGACAUGUCUGCGUUCACCGUACGCGGCGUGACCGGGACGAGAUUGGGCGCUCAGAAUAGUCACCUUUACGACUUGGCUGCCGUUAUCGUACACCACGGCUCUGGUGCGGGUACCGGCCACUACACUGCCUUCGCUGUGCACGACGGUCAGUGGUUCCACUUUAACGACAGCUCCGUGCGGCCGGCGAGUACAGAGUCUGUUGCAAAGUGUAAGCCUUACAUUCUGUUCUACGUACGGAAGGAGUUCUCCAUUCCACCCCCUUUGUGACGUCGUUUUGCUGACAAGAAGCCGCGUCCCGGCGGUGAGAACCUCGAUGACGAGAACGACAAUGAAGAAGACGACGAUGAUGAUAAUGAUGAUAACGACGAUGAAGUGGAACGAACGAAAGAGAAAUAAACGUGUUCCUCGCGAACGAAUUUCGAUCGCGGGGUGGUGCAAGCAGACGAACAGAGAAAGAAAGAAAAAGCGAAAAAGAAGGGAAGAGAGAAUGAGAGAGAGAAUGAUAGAAUCAAGCGGAAAGAACAAGCAGAAAUCACAGCGGAUCACAUCUCGGAUGCCGCUUUGAGAUCGGAAGAGGAAGCUUCGUCCGCUUAUCGCCUAUAUUAUUCAGAUAAAUGAUUGCUCACCGUUGCCAAAUCGUACAAUCUCGUAGAAGCGUUAUUCGUGUCCGUGUUCGCUAUCGCGUUUUGACUCGCGGCGAGAGCGACCUUUGAAACGCGAUUGGAGUAACCGGUCGGAGAUAUAAUUGUGCCGCGCAUAAAAAAUCGCUCGAGCGCGUUCCUCCUCGUGCUUUAUUAGGUAAUUAAAAUCGGGUAGAUCCCGAAUUAGCUCGACGUCCGCGAAGUAGCGAACAGCUUCGUAUAUUCGUGUACCAUGAGAAAGAGAGAGAAAGAAAGAGGGAGAUCGACUAAUACGGCGCGCGAGCAUGCGUAUAUAUCGCUAUACAGGUCAUUUCCAUAAUCUUACCCACGACGUCUUUUCCUUGUAUCAGGGACGCCGUGGCCUCUCCGUCCUGUCGUUCGCUGCGGAUCGAACGACGUUUCCUCGUUUCAGACAUUUGCAUUUUUGUUGGAUUACCAAGCGAGCGUCGUGUGUCUCUACGAUGAGUGCGCUCCUCCUCGGUUCCCUUCGUUUCUCUCAGAGGUCACGGUUCCCCCAUCGACUUGGUUCUCUCGCGCAGGAAAGCAGGCGAGUAAAUUCUAUAUUUUUCUAGCUGAAUAGUGUCGCGCGCGGUGGACGGUGCAGAAGUCACGCCGAUCGUUCGGUCGACGCGCUCGAGCUGGCAUCGCGCAUCGCGCCCAACGAAGAUGCGAACAAGAAGGCGAGAGUAUGUCGCGCGGUGUAUGAUUGACGUCGAGCACGCAUGCGUAUCGUGUCAAUGUACGUAGCACGCAUGUGGUCGCAUGGGUACGUGGAGGCGCGCGAUUGUAUGCGAAGCGUAUAUGUCGGUGGGCGAACCUUCCCUUCCUUUCUCGGGGACGGCGAAAAGGGGACAGUGAGAGAAGGAGAGGGAGAGAGGGGGGAUAAAAAGAGAGAGAGAGGAAAAAGCGAGAGAAAGGAAGAUAGGUAGAGAGAUAGAGAGACAGACGAGAGAGAACGCUCGAGGUGGAUCGCGGAAACGCAUUGCCUUUAGCGUCGAUUUUCUUUACGCUCUUACUCGGCGGCCGUCGACCGCCCUACCCCUCUUCCCCUUUCCUCUACCUUCCCCUCCCUGGCUCCUCACGCUGCCCCCCGAUCGAAUCGAUUAAAGCCCUCUUCGGUAGCGGAAUAACGUGUAAUCGCGUUCCUCGUGUAGUCCUAAAACGCGAAAACGACUGGUCUUCUCGGUAGAUAGAUCUUUUUCUAGGCUUAGCGUGCGUGCGCGCGCGGCAUCGUUGUUUCGAGGGAGCUGAAAAGCGCAAAUACCGUAUAGGGCUGACAACGUUAUUUCUCAAACAACCAGCCACCCUUCAUCCUUUUCCUCCCCCAUCACCCCAUCACCUCAUCUCUUCAUCUCACUCUCCGUUCCUUCGUCGUAUCAUGUAUCCACGAAUACUCACGCAUGCACACGUAUACACACGCAUACAUAUACGACGUAUGUGUAUGCGUUCAUACACAUACACAUGUGUGCGUUUGCACGCAUUCACGCAUGCAUACAUAUAUGUAUACAUAUACAUAUGAUCCUUCUGUCCUCUUCCUCUUUCUCGCCCUCUCCUUAAAUCCGAUUUUGGAUAAAAUAUAUUUGCAAAUAGCAUAUGAUGAUUUGGAAUAUGUAUCUAUAAAUGUAAUCAAGUCCAUAUAUAAAAUAUACGCUAUAUUAUAGGUGUCAUAUAUCAUAUAUCAUAUAUUUUAUAUAUGCUAAAUCACUCAUAAAUAGUUGCUCGUUAUUCGCGGGUAUAUUUUACUCAAUAUACUACUCCGAAAACCCUUUUCCAGUCCUGAAAGACUCGACGACUCUUAUGUGAUUAUUUAAAGACUUAUUUUUUCUAUAAUGAUAACGAUAAUAAUGAUAAUAAGUUAAAUGCGUAGCGAAGAAACGUUUUAUUAAGGCGAUAACUGCGAUAAUGCGCAUCUUCGGCAAAGACUCUUAUUCAAGUAUGAAACAUGACGGAAGUAAGCGUGCAAAUAAUAUUAUUGAACAAGUAUGUACGAACGGCGAAUAAAUAAAGAACAUGAAUCGACGA